AUCCUAUUUUUAGGUAAAAUACAAUAUUCUGAGGUGGAAUUUAUUUUAAAGGUUAUUUCUCUAACUGGAGAAUUGGUGCAGUGAACUUACUCCUUAUGUCGAACCUGCCAAUGAAGCACAAACUAUGACAAACUGCAUGCUUUUGACAAUUAUUGUAGAAGGGAGUCCGAGUGGGCGCUAGCUUCCCAACAUGACUGACUUAAAUUUGUUAUUUCUGUGAUUUGAGUGUGAAUUAGUGGUAGAGUAUAACUCUGAUAUUCGACGAUGGCGUCACCUAUAGAUAAACACAUCGGUUUGACAUUUCGUUUGCUAGAAUGUCACUAGGUCAUUAGGCACUAAAAUUCCGCUUUUUACGGUCUACAGUCUUUUGAAUCUACCUUUGAUACCUUACACUUAUCUUCAACUACGUAUUUACCGUCUAAGGCUUGUUGACUUUGUUUUUUUUUUUAUUAGACCUUGACCCUUUUUGAGAUAAAUCAAUAGCAAAUAUGACUUGCAAUUUUCCAUUUAUCGAUACUGCUCGACAAAUCGUCACUGUAGUUUUGGGCGUAGAAGGUAGUGCUGUUAAAAGGUGUCUUCUGGAGCCGAAUUUUAACAAGGGUCUAAUAUAAAUAGCUUCCACGCCACCAUGGUGAAAUACGUACUUCACUACUUCAAGGGUGUUAACGGCCGUGCAGAAAGUAUCCGUCUGGCUUUCAAGCUAGCUGGGGUCGACUAUGAAGAAAAGAACUUCGAGGGGGCGGAUUGGCCUAAGCUAAAGCCGAACUAUGUUACCCAGGAAACGCCGUCGCUGGAGGUCGACGGGACGAUGAUAUGUCAGAGUAAGGCUGGCCUGAGAUAUCUGGCAAGGGAGUUUGGAUUUUAUGGCAAGACGUCCCUUGAUGCAGCAUUCAUAGACCAAGCAAUUGACGCCGUGGAGGACAUCUGGUCGGAAGUCAACCAUGUCUUCCAAGGGCCCAAAGAAAGCAAGCCAGAAAGAGUGGAGAAGUUCUUGAAGGAGUGGGUCCCGUCGAUCUACGCGUGUCUUGAGCGUUUAAUCGGCCAGAAGCACGCCGGGGAUUUCUUCGUCGGAAACUCGAUCUCGGUCGCCGAUCUUUUUUUCUUCGCCGCUGCUGAUUUUGUGGAUGUCGUGUCAAAGGGCGCCAACUCCCUGGAGAAGUUUCCGAAGCUGGUCGCCCUCAAGAGCCGCAUCGCUGCCAACCCCAAGAUCGCAGCCUGGUUGGCUGUGCGACCACCUGAAGCGACGUUUUAAGU